UAAAGACAGAAGAAGAAGAUUGCCUUGUUAAGAGAAUGAAGCAAUUUUUUAGAUAUUUUCUCAGUCAGAUUCUCCCGGAGAAGCUUCUAUGAAUGACAUCUAGUGUUCGUCGUCUUCCGCCUCCUUUGCUUGACUUAAGGAUUUUGAAAAAAUCCAUUAGCAGUAGUAGAUUUAUUCAAGAACAGCAUUAUUGUCAAACACUGAAGAAAUAAUGAUGAAUCUUUCCAAGUUUCAUGUGAUACUAAUCCAAUUACUCUUCGUCAUUUCACUUCUUUCGCCAUUUCUCUCCACUUCGACACCUAUCAACAUUUGGCCAAAGCCGAGAUACCUGUCAUGGCCUCAACAUAUAGCCAUUGUCCUCUCUCCAAAAUUCACCAUCCUUGCCCCUGAACACCAAUACCUUUCGGCCUCUGUAACACGCUAUCACAACCUGAUCCGCUCUGAGAAUUACUCGCCACUCAUUACACAUCCUGUCAAAUUUAUGAAAGGUUACACCUUGAGCAACCUUAAAGUCAUUGUGACUGAUCUUUCUCUUCCGCUUCACCACGGCGUUGAUGAGUCUUAUAACCUCUCCAUCCCCAUUGGCAGCUCUUCAGCCCACUUGUUAGCUCCGUCGGUUUGGGGAGCUAUGCAUGGCCUUGAGACAUUCUCUCAGAUGAUUUGGGGAACAUCUCCUGAUUUGUGCUUACCGGUUGGCAUUCAUAUUCAGGAUUCUCCUUUGUUUGGCCACAGAGGCGUUUUGCUCGAUACAUCCAGGAAUUACUAUGGAGUUGAUGAUAUAAUGAGAACAAUUAAGGCCAUGAGUGCAAACAAACUCAAUGUCUUCCAUUGGCAUAUCACUGACUCGCAAUCUUUUCCGUUAGUGCUUCCUUCUGAACCUUCACUCGCUGCAAAAGGAUCUUAUGGACCAGACAUGGUAUACACUCCUGAGGAUGUCUCUAAGAUUGUUCAAUAUGGUUUUGAGCAUGGAGUUAGAGUACUUCCUGAAAUAGACACUCCUGGCCAUACAGGAUCGUGGGGAGAAGCUUACCCGGAAAUAGUGACAUGUGCCAACAUGUUUUGGUGGCCUGCUGGUAAAAGUUGGGACGAACGGUUAGCUAGUGAACCCGGGACUGGUCAGCUUAACCCCUUGAAUCCUAAAACAUAUGAUGUAGUUAAAAACGUCAUACAAGAUGUUGUUAAGCAAUUUCCAGAAUCUUUCUUUCAUGGAGGUGGAGAUGAAGUUAUCCCAAGCUGUUGGAAAACCGAUCCUGCCAUAAAAUCUUUCAUGUCCUCUGGUGGAACACUAAGUCAGCUUCUUGAAAAGUACAUAAACUCUACAUUACCUUACAUCGUGUCACAGAACCGUACAGUUGUUUACUGGGAAGAUGUUCUGCUGGAUGCACAAAUCAAGGUGGAUCCAUGGGUUCUACCUAAAGAGCACAUAAUCUUACAGACUUGGAAUAACGGUCCUGAGAAUACAAAGAGAAUCGUAGCUGCUGGUUACAGAGUAAUUGUCUCUUCAUCAGAGUUCUACUACUUAGACUGUGGUCAUGGCGGUUUUCUAGGGAAUGAUAGUAUAUAUGAUCAGCACGGAGGCGGUGGUGGGUCUUGGUGUGCACCUUUCAAGACGUGGCAGAGCAUAUACAACUAUGAUAUAACCUAUGGUUUGCUCGAUGAGGAAGAGAAGAAGCUGGUGCUAGGAGGAGAAGUUGCGUUAUGGUCAGAGCAAGCUGACUCGACGGUUUUAGAUUCACGGCUUUGGCCCCGUGCCUCUGCGUUUGCAGAGAGCUUGUGGUCAGGGAAUAAAGACGAGAGAGGUGUUAAGAGGUGUGGUAAAGCUGUUGACCGGUUAAACCUCUGGAGGUAUAGGAUGGUGAUUAGAGGGAUUGGAGCUGAACCAAUUCAGCCAUUGUGGUGUUUGAAGAAUCCUGGGAUGUGUAAUACAGUUCACGGCGCUCUUGAAGAUAAAUAACAAGAGAAAGUUUCGAAAUUGGAUCCGACUCAGAGAAAACAAAAACAUAAUCCUGAUCAGGGUCUUUUGAUUGUUGUACUUCUUUACUUGGUAGUUAGGGUUGUAAUGUUCACAUGCUGAAGUUGUUCGGUUUUUUUAUAAUUAGUUAAAAGUUAUGGGGUUAAAGUGGAAAUAUUCGUUA